AUGGCGAAUCUAAGUGACGGGAAGAAAUUGAGGGAGAGGAGAUGGGUCGAUGAAGGUGAGAUGGGAUCGGUGAAAACAACUUUAAAAAGCAGAAAAACAUGUGAUGCCAGAGUGAUUCCCCGAUCAGAUGGAGGGAUGCUGCGUUUUAUUAUUAUGCAAGGAGACAGAUACAUGAUUGUAUACAGAAAAGCUAUCUGGUUCAAAUUAACAAGGCGAACCAUUUUGACAUCACUCGUUAGCAACAGAAAAAAGGCGUUAAGGAGACUAUCCAGACGAAAUCCCACAGCAGAACCUGAGGGAAAAUGGAGUCACAAAAUUUUAAACAAGGUUCUCCCUUUCGCCAUUGUAGUUCUGGAAGAAAUAGUACAGUUAAGACAUGGCUGUUAUCAACCUGAUCGAUAUCCAAUGCUGAGUCAUCCAAAGCAAGAACCGAAUUCUGUGAAAGACGUUGUACGCUCUUCGGAGCUCGACCUGCAGAAAGUGCAUUUAACUUGGAAAGAAGCCAAUGAUAUAAAAAAGCUCUGUGAAAAAAACCCUGAUCCACGCCUAUUCAUUUUCCUGCCAUUAUCCCCGUCAUCUGAAUUCGUAACAAUGGUCGAGAAUAAACUUUCGAUUUCAGAAAUAUCCAGCUCAAGAACUCUACAGAAAAAGAAACAACCUCUUCAGGUUUUUGUGCCUCGGCCCACAAACUGCCCUGAACAGCUCUUGUUAGCUUCAACCAGUGAUAAGUGGGCCCGCCUUUCGAAAGUGGAGUUGGCGGAGGUGGAACAACUUGUCGGCUCUUAG